CCCACCACUACACUACCGCGGAACCUCAGACCCUCAGUUAGCUAGCUACCACCCACGUCCACAGGACGGACAACAGACAAGACCGCAAAGGGUGCAAGCAUAAUCAAACCCUCAAGUCUGAGAAAUCUCUACCCCAGAUUCCACCGCAUCGGUGUACACCACCAACCCGACCCAAUCACUACGAAAGGGUUUCCGAGCCACGACCUCCCAGGUGCCCCAACUCCUGUACCAUAACCACAACUAAAAACGUCCAAUGUCCCCGACUCUGAAGCGAAAGCAUUCGGACAAGACGAUCACAGAGCUCUUCACAACGCAGCACCCCAAGCCCAACUCCACUGCCGCCCUCUCACCCACGAGCAAGCGGUCCCGAAUCGGAAGCUCGGAGGCCCCCUCAGAAAGCGCCGCCAUGAGCACUGCCAACAUGUACCAUUUCCCCAGCCGGAGCGGCAAGGAGGUCAUCGACAUUGCGUCGAGCCCGGACACCAGCCCGAAAGCGCCGCAGCAGAAGAAUGGAUUGCGAAAGGCGACGCCGAAUAUCGCUGGUGGUACUGCGCCGAAGAGGAUGCUGGUGAAGAACUUUAAGCCGGCGAGGAAGAUCGAUCCGAAGGCCUUCUUGAACCAGACGUGGGAGAAGGUGGAUAAAGCAUUGGAUACGGUGUUUGCGCAGGGGAAGAUCGAUUUCAGUCUCGAGGAGCUGUAUCGUGGUGUUGAGAACCUGUGUCGUCAGGGUUUGGCGAAGGAUACUUGUGACAGGUUGGAUGCGAAGUGUAAGAGAUAUAUCACGGAUACAUUGAAAGAGAAGGUCAAGGAGACGCUCGGUAGGAAGGAUGUCGAUGUUCUUAGGGCUACGCUUCAGGCUUGGGCGACCUGGAUGGACCAGAUGAAAUACGUUGCCUGGGUCUUCUGCUACCUCGACCGAUCAUACCUACUGCCAAAGCAAGACUCACUUCACGACAUAUCUGUCGGCCUUUUCCGCUCCAUCAUCUUCGAGCACGAAAAGCUCAAACCCCAUAUCGUGGACGGUGCAUGCGAUCUCAUCGCCACCGACAGAGACGGCAAGGACCUGGAUCGAGGCACCUUCGGAGAGGCAAUCAAGAUGUUCCACGACAUGCACGUCUACACGAAGCAUUUCGAACCCAGAAUGUUGGAGCUCAGCCAGAACUUCAUCCACGAGUGGGCUGAACGUGAGAGCUCGGAGAAGGGCUUGGCAGAAUAUGUCAAAGCCUCGCGGGCACUUAUCAAGAGCGAAUUGGCGCGAGUCGAGCAUUUCAGCUUGGACCGGUCGACGAGAAGGGAUCUUGUCACGCUCCUGGAAGACCAUUUGAUCUCACGCAAAGAAUCUAGACUCACCAACCAAGACGAAUUCGCCGACCUGCUCGAACUCAAUGCCGUCGAGGACCUCAAAUCACUCUACGACCUCCUGGAGCGCCGCAACCUCGGAUCCAACCUCAAAGAAGCACUAUCGAAAUGGAUCGAAGACACCGGCACGGCGAUCGUGUUCAACGAGAAAGAGCAGGACACCAUGGUCAUUAACCUCCUCACCCUGAAGCGCCAACUCGACACCAUCUGGAAGACGUCCUUCCACCGGAACGCCGAGCUCGGCCACGGUCUCCGCGAGUCGUUCGAGACCUUCAUGAACAAGACCAAGAAGACGAGCACGACCUGGAACACCGACAACUCGAAGCCGGGCGAGAUGAUCGCGAAGUACGUCGACAUGCUGCUGCGAGGCGGCGCCAAAGCCAUUCCAGCACAAUUGAGUCGGAAAGCUGAGAAGCCUGCCGCUGCUGAUGGUGCCGCCGCCGACGUGGAAGAAGACAACGAGGACGUCAUGUUCGACGAGGACACGGAGGUCAACAACCAGCUCGACCAAGUGCUCGACCUCUUCCGGUUCGUGCACGGAAAGGCAGUGUUCGAAGCAUUCUACAAGAAGGAUCUCGCCCGUCGACUCCUCAUGGGCAGGAGUGCCAGCGCCGACGCAGAGCGAAGCAUGCUCGCCCGCCUGAAGACCGAAUGCGGCGCAGGCUUCACCGCGAACCUCGAGCAAAUGUUCAAAGACAUCGAACUGUCCCGAGAAGAAAUGACGUCCUACAAAACCCUCCUCGCCUCCCGCGACACCACCCCCAACCCCCAACCCUUCGACCUCACCGUCUCCAUCCUCUCCGCCUCCGCCUGGCCCACCUACCCCCAAAUCCCCGUCCUCAUCCCCCCCUCCAUCUCCACCACCCUCUCCGCCUUCGAAACACACUACGCCUCCAAGCACUCCGGCCGAAAACUAACCUGGCACCACUCGCUCGCGCACUGCCAGCUCCGCGCCAGGUUCCCGCGCGGCAACAAAGAACUCAUCGUCUCCUCCUUCCAAGCCAUCGUCCUCCUCCUCUUCAACACCUCCGACCCUACCACUCGAAUCCCCUACACCACAAUCGCGGAAUCCACAUCCCUCCCCCCCGCAGAGCUAAACCGCACACUCCAGUCCCUCGCCUGCGCGAAACUCCGCCCCCUGACUAAACACCCAAAAGGCCGCGAGAUCGCCCCGACCGACGUCUUCACGCUCAACGCCUCCUUCACGGACCCAAAGUACCGCGUGAAAAUCAACACCGUGCAACUCAAGGAGACGCCCCAAGAGAAUAAAGAGACGCACGAGCGGGUCGCGCAGGACAGGAACUACGAGACGCAAGCCGCCAUUGUCAGGAUCAUGAAGGCGCGGCGGCGGAUCGGACACGCGGAGUUGGUGGCCGAGACGAUCAAGGUGACGAGGAGUCGGGGCACGUUGGAUGUCGGCGGGAUCAAGAGGAAUAUUGAUCGGUUGAUUGAGAAGGAGUUUUUGGAGAGGGAUGAGGAGGGGGGUGGGGGGUAUUGCUAUGUUGCGUAG